ACAUGUUAAUACGAUCAAAUGUCGCAUAACCUUCAGUUAAUGCUGGGAUUACAUUUUACCUUUUUGUAUUAACAGACUUCUACCAAUUCCGAUUAUCAGUCGUUGGCUGUCCAGUGCUUACUUAGCAACGUUUUUCUAAUCGUCACAACAGCUAAGAGUUGACUGGAAACAAAUCAUGGAGAAUGGAUCUCAUCAAGUUCGGGUGAUGCUGUGGUCGAUGCCAAGGACACUAUCUACAGCAUUCACAAAAUGUAUGAGUCACUUGGACAACGUAAGUGUCAUCUCAGAACCAUACACGUGCGCCAUGAUGUAUGGACCAGAAAGCCAACUGAUAAUGCAGAAAAAGUCUAAAGAUGCAUUCGAAAAUCUCAAAGAUGCUUCGAAGAUGAUCAGUCUUCAUGACGUAGGACUUGAUCAAAACUUGUACACGUUCAAAUGGGUUAAGGAAUCGUUACUAGAGGGAGAUUAUCCAGGAAAAGACAUUGUCUUCUGUAAAGACAUGUCCCAACCAGUUUCAGUUAAUCAUUCCCUGAUUCCAAAAGGAUAUCGCCACGCGUUUAUGAUCCGUCAUCCUUUAAAGCUAUAUAAAUCGUGGAGUAAGGUGUUGUUAGGUUAUGGUACGACUCAAAGCCUGGAUGAGGUCUUGGAUAUCGGUGGUGCAAAAGGAUACGCGUACGCAGACCACCUUGAAUUAUACGAAUAUUUGAUAUCAAGUGGAAUCGAACCAGACCCGGUUAUAAUCGAUGCUGAUGAACUGCAAUCUAAUCCAGAAGGCAUUCUUCGAAAGUUCUGCCAAACUUUAGACAUCAAGUACACCGACAAGCUACUCUCCUGGGAGGCGGGUGAUGGUGUUGUCAAGGACUGGGUUGCGUCUAAGAUACAGCUACAAUGCAACAAGUUGACGAAAGUUUACCAGAAUGCCUUCGACAGCACCUGCUUUAAGAAACUAGAUCCAAUGCCACUACGCUCGGAGCUGGAGAAAUGUGUUCUGAAAUGCGCCGAUGAAACAAUGCCAAUAUACAUGAAAAUGUUCGAGAAACGUUUGCGACCAUAAUGAUGGAUACCAUUUGAAGGCAAUUUGAAAUGCGUUUAAUUCCAUGCAUUAGUAAAGAGUACGUGUCCGUCUAGGACCCUAGGUUAUAGUGACUGAAUUUAUUUUCAUUUAUUAAUUUAUAUAACUUGCAUAUUAAAUUUUGUUUUGUGUUCAUUUCACAUCGGUUCAUGUCUUUUUUACAAUUUUAGGGUUAUCCCCGAUAUGUUCAUAUUUUAAGAGCAUAUCGAAUAAGUGUAAAAUUAAGUAAAUCCACUAUAGAACGUACACUCGUCCAUUUUCAUUAACUAAUAUUACUUCUCGUAUUAUAUAAUGUCCUUACGUCAUACAGUGGUCCUACUAUUUUUAAUAUGUUUUAAAUUAGCCAAAUAAAUAAUAAUUCGGUAUCUUCAA